AUGACAACUUUUACGCAAAAAAGUUGCUUCAUAAUUUUGGCCCUCAUUGUUUCCCCAUCUGUUUUAACAACCGGAGCCUCAAAAUUCAAAGCAGAGAAGCCAUGCAAGAGGAUGAUGCUGUAUUACCACGACAAGCUGUUCGACGGCACCGAGAAGGACAAGGCUAAUGCGACGUCUGCAACAGUGGCAAAUGCGAGCAAGCUUGGCGAGUCUAAUUUUGGCAUGCUUGUUGUGUUUAAUGACCCCAUUACCAACGACGACGAGUUUCAUUCUCCACCCGUCGCAAAAGCUCAGGGCUUCUAUUUCUACGACAGGAAAGACACCUACACGGCUUGGUUUGCGUACACUUUGGUGUUCAACUCAAGUGAGCACAAGGGCACGUUGAAUAUUAUGGGCGCGGAUUUGAUGACUGAAAAAACUAGGGAUCUUUCGGUUGUCGGAGGGACCGGAGACUUCUUCAUGGCUAGAGGAAUUGCUACAUUUCAGACUGAUACUUUCCAGGGUGCAUAUUAUUUUCGCCUCAAGAUGGACAUCAAGUUGUAUGAAUGUUAUUAG